CCCGCCCGGGGCAGCGGGGUCUCCUCAGCGCCCGGCGGGGACGCGCCGCCCCUCGCAACAGCUCUCCUCAACUUCGCUCGGCCGGGCGGCUCCUUCGCCCCGGCAGCACCAUGGCAGGCGGCGGGGUAGGGGGCUCCGGCCGCCGGCAUGCCGCCGCCACGCCGGUCAGCGGCGGGCUGUGAGGGGUCCCCCCUCCGCCCCGCGGGGGGUGCCGCGGCCACCCGGCCCGGCAGCGCCGCCGCCGCCUCCCGCCCUCCCGCCGCUUUCUUCCCGCCUCCCGCCCGCCAUGGCCGCCCGCGGAGCCGAGCGGCGCGGAGCGGCGCGGCGCGGCAGUGCCGGGGUCUGGCCGCUGCCUGCCAGCGCCCCGUGAGGGGGGACAAGCGGGGCGGCGUGUCCCUGCGCUCAGUCCUGCCCCCCUCUCCUCCCCGGAGCGGAGAUGUGCGAGACCCGCGCGAGGGGAGUCGCCUCCUAGACCGGCAGCCAGGAUGGUGCACCUGCGGCCCCUGCCCCUCGUCGUGGUCCAGGGCGUCCUCCACCUCGUAUUUUGUGACGCUAAUCAAGUCGUACAAGCCACAGACGUGCUGGAUUGGGAAGACAAGGAUGCUGCAGAGACACUGGUUGACAACGUGGUCCAUUCCAGGAUCAUCAAUCCUUUACGCCUGUUUGUUAAGCCAUCUCCAGUACUGAAACACGGCCAAGUGUCCUACUCAGACAGCAUAGAAAACUUUUGGGAUUGGUUGUCCAACAUCACGGAGGUUCAGGAAUCUCUCGCACGAACUAAACGUAGACCUAUAGUAAAAACUGGGAAAUUCAAGAAAAUGUUUGGAUGGGGCGACUUCCACUCUAACAUCAAAACUGUUAAGCUGAACCUCCUGAUCACAGGGAAAAUCGUUGAUCACGGCAACGGGACCUUCAGUGUUUAUUUCCGACAUAACUCCACAGGUCUGGGCAAUGUUUCUGUAAGCCUGGUGCCACCUUCCAAGGUGGUUGAGUUUGAAUCAUCCCCACAGUCAACACUGGAGACCAAGGAAUCCAAGUCCUUCAAUUGCCGAAUCGAGUACGAAAAAACAGACCGCGCUAAAAAAACUGCCUUGUGCAAUUUUGACCCUUCAAAGAUCUGCUAUCAAGAGCAGACCCAAAGCCAUGUCUCCUGGUUGUGUUCCAAACCAUUUAAAGUCAUCUGCAUUUACAUUGCUUUUUACAGUGUAGACUACAAACUGGUGCAAAAGGUCUGUCCUGAUUAUAAUUACCAUAGUGAGACUCCAUACUUGUCCUCUGGCUGAUAUGAUCGUGGGUAAUGGUAGAGAUACAGCAUCAGUCACAAAAAUAAGCAUUUCCAUUAACCUUUUGGAGAAGAAUAUGUUUUCCUAUCAGGUUAAAAAGUCUUUAAAAACUGUAGCUGUGUUUGUGCUGUAUCGUAAAUAAUCAAACUAUUUCUGUAAUGAUCAUUUUCAUUUGAGACCAUUGCAUUUUAGCGCUCUUGUCAUCAAUAAGGGAACUACUAGGCAGAUGCAUAACAAAAAUCAAACAAAAUUAUGUCUGUAAUGAACAUCAAUCUUGAAAAUCAGGGUUUUUUUACACUAGGCUCAAUGGCAGAGAGGUUGUCUUACUUGAAUUCGGCAGCACUUAGCAGGAUCCUAUUUCUUACUGGGAACUUUAGAUGACAAUCUAAAGAACAAAUGAUGAAGUGGAAUCCCAGGUGCUUAUAUACGAAAUCCAAAUAAAACAGCUCUUCCACUAGUUUCCUAAAAAAUGUUAGACACACAGGGCUCAAGGAAUCAAGUCCAAACACGAAGAGAAAGUGCUAUAUCUAGGACAGAAAUAAAAAAAGGAAUCUGCAUUUUUGACUUGUAGUAGUUGUACGUAUUCAUUGAAGUGAGGAGUGAGUAGUUCUUCCUUCAGACUUCUUACCCGUGGAUAUGCAAUGAUGUAAUUAGACAUUGAUGAGCUUUAGUUCAUUAGCCCCACCAGGUGAGCAGGUUUGGUGUACGUUUCUUCCUUCUGUGGUCACCACUGGUUUUGAUUUUUCUCAAAUGUUUACGUAUACACUGGUACUAGUUUUACAGUGAUAGAGAAUAUAUAUACCUUGGAAAAAAGAUAAUCUCUGUUUAAGUCUGAGAAUUUUAGCACGGUCUAGCUUCAGCAAAAGCAAGUAAUUAUUUUGCUAUCUAGCCCUCUUAGCACUGUAUUGCAGCAAGAAAAACACGUGCCAGCAUAAGGAUGCUACCUGAACAACAGGCUUUCUGCUUAACGGCACCCGGUUGUCCUCCUCAGUACUGCAUUGCACACCUUAAGUCAAAACAGAAGCAAUGAUAAAGAGAACAAAAAUCUACAAAUCUGUGCAGCUUCGCCUCAUAAAGCAGAUUUCAACAACUACUAUCAAUAUUAAAAUAUUCAGCCAGCCUCUCCCCUAGGCACAGAAUAGGAACCCUCCACCACCCUUACUUGUAACAACAGAGGGUCCAGCUGGGGUUUGGCUUCGAGAGGACAGAUGCCGCUCCCACCGCAGCCCAUGGUGGUUAGCUCCAGCACCGCCGCUUCAAGCAUCAACGCCCCACGCUUUCGUUGGGUAUUGAUUCUGCUGCUGCUGCCGCCCAUUUGCUGUCACAGUCCUUUGUGACAGUUUGAUGUCGCAGGUCCCAUGGGAGAAGCUGGCUGAGGAAGUGCUUUAUAUUGCCUCCAAUCAAACUUACGUGCAGGGUCCAGGAAGUUACAGCUUAAGCAAAGUACUAUUAAAAUACUCUGUUCCAGGGGUGUGCACCCAGACAAAUGACCAUGAUUGCUCAGAAGGACUCACUCAUGAGAUUAAUUCUGAUUUCCUUGGUGAAGAGUCAUACAAAAAAAUUACUCUUGUUAAAAAUAUACAAGUAACUGGCUAAUUUGUUUUUCUUUUUAGGUGACAAAUUCUAAUGUGUGGUUUAGUUUGAUCAAUAAUCUAAAUAUUUUCCCUCAUCUUAUUUUACACAGAGUCUCUCCUGGUCUAAAUGAUGUUUUUUAGUUUGUCUAUUACUGUUGAUUCCUACAAGAUGGUCUACUUUGUAUUCUGUAUAGCGUGUCCUCGUUCUGGCUGUAUAUAAGCUUGGAUUUAUUGCUAUGAGUUCAGUGGUUGGUGCUUUUGUAACUUAGCUGUAAGCCAUGAUUUUAUUGCCAUGUAUUUUUACUCAGCACUGUAGGCAAUUAAAAGAAAACCCUACAUGCUAUUUAUUGUAGAGUAUGUGGAAAUCAUGUAUGUAUAUACACUUAAAUAUGUGUACAUAUACAGAAUAUAUGUGUACAUGUAUUUGUAUGUAAAUAAAGAGAGUUUGCUAAAUCUGGCA